UAUUCAAGUUCAUCAGCAGGGGAAGAGUCGCUUUUGGCACAGCCUGCCAUUGCAGGGCAGCACACUGCUGUAACAGGACUGAGUCGCGGACUGCGAGAUUAGAAAUGUUUUCCCAUUCGGUGCUGAGAACUGGAUUAUUUUUAUGCAAGCAGGAUUACGGAGGAUUAAAAUGUCGGACAUCGAUAUUCCUCACUCGGACGACCAGUACACUAACUGGUGGUGAUGAUAAACAAAAAACCAUGGACGACUUGAAUGGUCCUAGCUUUCUGACGUCAUUAUACUGGCUGUUUGGGAAAGGUUAUUUUCAGACGACACAUCAAAUGCAGAUAGAGCACAGCAAAAUCUACGGCCCCCUUUGGAAGUCCAAAUAUGGACCACUGGUUGUUGUUAAUGUGGCCAAUGCAGACCUCAUAGAACAGGUUCUACGGCAAGAGGGUCACCAUCCCAUCCGUACUGACAUGCCCCACUGGAGAGGCUACCGAAAACUCCGGAAUCAUGCCUAUGGACCCCUCACAGAAAUGGGAGCGGAGUGGCAGCGCAUUAGAAGCAUCCUGAAUCCUCGCAUGCUGAAGCCCAAACACGUGUCCUCCUACACCAAUGCCAUUAACGGUGUGGUGAGCGACUUUAUUGAGAAGGUGGCUAAGCUUAGGACAGCAAAAGGCAAUGACGUUGUGGUGUAUGAUGUGGCAGGAGAACUGUACAAGUUUGCCUUUGAAGGAAUAUGCUCAGUGUUGUUUGAAACUCGUAUGGGGUGUCUGAAUGAAGUGGUUCCUGAAGAAACGCAGAAGUUUAUCUUCUCUGUUGGGGAAAUGUUCCGUCUUUCUCCCAUUGUGAUCCUGUUCCCCAAAUCUAUCUGGCCCUACAUGCCUUUUUGGAAGCAUUUUGUUGCUGUUUGGGACCAUUUGUUCAAAGUUGCGGAGGAAUUGGUUCAGAACAAGAUGACAGAGAUCCAGGAAAUGGUGAAACAUGGGCAGCCAGUGGAGGGCGAGUAUCUCACACACCUCCUGAUCAGUGAACAGAUGUCCUUCACUGAGGUUUUGGGAAGCAUUACAGAGCUUCUGCUGGCUGGAGUCGACACUACAUCAAACACUAUUUCCUGGGCACUGUAUCACUUGGCACGGGAGCCAGAGAUCCAGCAGAAGCUGUAUGAGGAGGUUAUCAGUGUCUGCCCUGGUGAAAAAGUGCCCUGCAGUGAAGACAUCACCAGGAUGCCAUUGCUAAAGGCCAUUGUUAGAGAGACUCUUCGUUUAUAUCCGGUGGUUCCUGGGAAUGCUCGUGUCAUUGCUGAAAGAGAAAUAGUGGUGGGUGACCACCUCUUCCCUAAAAAUACUCUUUUCCACCUCUGCCACUUUGCAGUGUCCAACGAUGAGAAGGUGUUUCCCAAUCCUUCUGCGUUCCUCCCUCAGCGAUGGAUCCGGGAGCAGAAGCAGUUAAACCAGCAUCCCUUCGGAUCUGUGCCGUUUGGCUUCGGCAUCCGCGCCUGCCUGGGCCGCAGAGUGGCUGAACUGGAGAUGUACCUCCUCUUGUCCCGGUUAAUAAAACACUAUGAAGUGUGUCCAGACCCUUCAGGAAGGACUGUGAAGCCGAUCACACGAACUCUGCUGGUCCCUGCCACAUCCAUUGACCUGCAGUUCAUUGACAGGCAAAGGGAGCAAGAGGAGCCAGUCAAAGCAAAUGCUUCUGUAUAAAUAACUGUGCACUUAAAGCAAUUAUGGCAGUUCUUGCUUCUAGAUGAUGUUGUUUACAUACUUGAUAUGACUUAUAUAAUUGAAAAAAAAAAUACUACAAUGCGUAGCCCUGUGUGCUUACUAAAUUACUUUGCUUGAAUGUUGCCUUUUUAUUUAUAACAACACUCAUUUUACUGUUAUUAAUAACGAUGGACUCAUUUUUGACAUUCCAUUGUAUAAAUAGUUUUGUUUUAAUUGCAUUUGAAUUAAUUUGUCAGAUGUGAGGGUUUUUAGAUGUUUUACAAAUAAUGUCAACUUAUUUUCUUUUGUGAAUGCACCUUUUUUUUCUUUUCUUUUUUUGUAACUAUUUGUGAUUUUUAUUUUUAAAGAAAGAUUAUUACAGUUUAACAUGUCUAAUUUCAGGCUACAUUGUCCUCGCUGGUAAGAAUAAUACUGAUA